AUGUACCUUCCACCUAUUGGUCAACCACCUUCUUCAUCGGUACAAGGUAGUGGAAAUAAUAAUCAACAACAACAACAAAAUAGUGCUAUUAAUACAAGUGCAAACUCGUCAGGUUCUUCAUCAGCAAAUCCUAUUGGUCUUCCACCCCCACCUCACAUGACAUCAAUGCCAUCGACAGUACCUGGAAGUGGUAUAAUGACGAUGCUUAAUCCUCCACUAGAUCUAUCACCCCCACCACGACCAGAUUUCGGCCAUGAAGGUCGUUCAAUCAAAUUACGUGCAAAUCAUUUUGCAAUUCGUAUACCACAGAUAAUUAUACAACAUUACGACCUUAAUAUACAGCCAGAUAAAUGUCCAAAACGAGUUAAUCGAGAGAUCAUUGACACAAUGGUUAAUAAAUUUCAAAACAUAUUUAAUACUCAACAUCCAGCAUUCGAUGGAAAGAGAAAUUUAUAUACAAAAGAUCCCCUACCAUUUGGUCGAGAACGUAUUGAACUUGAAGUUACUUUACCUGGACCUGGAGAAGGACGUGAUCGUUGUUUUAAAGUUCAAAUAAAAUGGGUUGCACAAGUUAGUUUAGGAGGUUUACAAGAAGCUUUACAAGGCAAUGGACCAUCGGUACCCAAUGAAGCUGUUUCUGCACUUGAUGUUAUUAUGAGACAUUUACCGAGUAUGAAAUAUACACCAGUUGGCCGUUCUUUUUUUUCACCACCUGAUAUUCAGUAUAAUCCAUUGGGUGGUGGUCGUGAAGUAUGGUUUGGUUUUCAUCAAUCAGUUCGACCAUCUUAUUGGCGAAUGUCAUUAAAUAUUGAUGUUAGUGCUACUGCUUUCUAUAAAUCACAACCAGUGAUCGAUUUUAUGUGUGAAGUAUUAGAUAUACGUGAUAUUCAAGAACAAAGACGACCAUUAAAUGAUGCACAACGCGUUAAAUUUACGAAAGAAAUUAAAGGCCUUAAAAUUGAAAUAACUCAUUGUGGUAACAUGAAACGUAAAUAUCGUGUUUGUAAUGUAACACGAAAGCCAGCACAAUAUCAAACGUUUCCUCUGCAACUUGAAAGUGGUCAAACUGUUGAAUGUACUGUUGCGAAAUAUUUCUACGAAAAACAUCAUAUUAAAUUACAAUAUUCACAUUUGCCAUGUUUACAAGUUGGCCAAGAACAAAAACAUACUUAUUUACCUCUUGAAGUUUGUAAUAUUGUUCCGGGACAACGAUGCAUCAAAAAAUUAACUGAUAUGCAAACAUCAACAAUGAUCAAGGCUACUGCACGAUCAGCACCUGAUCGGGAAAAAGAAAUCAAUAAUCUAGUAAGAAAAGCGGAAUUUAAUAAUGACGUUUAUAUCACACACUUUGGCAUUAAUAUCUUCACAAAUAUGACUGAAGUUACGGGACGCGUUUUGACAGCUCCAAAAAUUCAAUAUGGUGGACGAACAAAAGUUAUUGUGACACCAAAUCAAGGUGUAUGGGAUAUGCGAGGUAAACAAUUUCAUACUGGUAUUGAAAUUCGUACAUGGGCAAUCGCAUGUUUUGCUCCGCAAAGAAAUUGUAAUGAAGCUGCACUUCGCACAUUUACGCAACAAUUACAACGAAUUUCCAAUGAUGCUGGCAUGCCAAUUGUUGGCCAACCAUGUUUUUGCAAAUAUGCAACAGGCAUUGAACAAGUCGAACCGAUGUUUAAAUUUCUUAAAACAACAUAUAAUGGUUUACAAUUAAUUGUUGUUGUUUUACCUGGAAAAACACCUGUUUAUGCUGAAGUCAAACGUGUUGGUGAUACAUUAAUUGGAUUAGCAACACAAUGCGUACAAGCUAAAAAUGUUAACAAGACAACACCGCAAACAUUAUCAAAUUUAUGCUUAAAAAUUAAUGUGAAAUUAGGCGGAGUUAAUAAUAUUCUUGUGCCAAGUGUACGACCAAUCAGUGUUUUUCGUGAGCCAGUUAUAUUUAUUGGUGCUGAUGUAACACAUCCACCAGCUGGUGAUCGUUCUAAACCAUCGAUUGCAGCUGUCGUUGCUUCAAUGGAUGCUCAUCCCUCGCGGUAUGCAGCUACGGUACGUAUACAAAUGCAUCGUCAUGAGGUUAUCGCAGAAUUAUCAACCAUGGUUAGAGAAUUACUUAUACAAUUUUAUAAAUCAACACGUUUUAAACCAGCACGAAUUAUUUUAUAUCGCGAUGGCGUUAGUGAAGGACAAUUUGCUCAUGUACUUGCACAUGAAUUAAUGGCUGUACGUGAAGCAUGCGUUCGACUUGAAGCUGCCUAUCAACCUGGUAUUACAUUUAUUGUUGUUCAAAAGCGUCAUCAUACACGUCUUUUCUGUGCCGAUAAAAAAGAACAGUGCGGAAAAAGUGGCAAUAUUCCACCAGGCACCACAGUCGAUGUUGCAAUUACACAUCCAACUGAAUAUGACUUUUAUUUAUGUUCACAUGCUGGCAUUCAAGGUACAUCGCGACCAUCACAUUAUCAUGUUCUUUGGGAUGAUAACAGUUUUUCAUCGGAUGAACUUCAAGCAUUAACAUAUCAACUUUGCCAUACAUAUGUCAGAUGUACACGUUCAGUAUCAAUACCAGCACCGGCUUACUAUGCUCAUUUAGUUGCAUUUCGCGCACGAUAUCAUUUAAUUGAAAGAGAACCCGAAAGUAAUGAAGGUUCACAUCAAUCAUCGAACGGUGAUUCCAAUGGUCAACAACAAGUCCAAUUGAGUCGGGCAGUUACCGUACAUCCGGAUUCGGCUCAAGUCAUGUAUUUUGCUUAG